CUCGGACAACACAACUCGCCGCACCCGCACCACCGCGCCGUCUCCUUCCUCCUUUCUCCCACCAGCCGAGCCCAAAACGAAAACCAUGCGACCAUAGCUUAAAAGAUUCACCCCCUUUAAUACGAGAUCCGACGGCCCAGAUCUCUCGCUUCGACCGAUCCGCGCCCCCUCCCGUCUUCCCGCCCUCUCCCCAUGUCGCCGGCGGCCGCCGGCGCCGCCUCCUCCGGCGAAGCGCCGCCGUCGCGUCCUAAGCGCGAGCUCUACACCAUCCCGGCCUCGUCAAGUUGGUUUCGCUGGGACGAUAUCCACGAGACGGAGCGAAGUGCCCUGCCGGAGUUCUUCGGCGGCCCCGGCGGGAACAGCUAUGGGACGGCCUCGCGGAAUCCCCGGAUCUACCGCGAGUACCGCGACUAUAUCAUCAAUAAGUACCGGGAGGACCCUGCCCGCCGCCUCACCUUCACCGAGGUCCGCAAGGCGCUUGUCGGCGACGCCACGCUCCUCCGGAAGCUGUUCGGCUUCCUAGACUCCUCAGGCCUCAUCAACUUCUCUGCCACCUCCCCCCGCCCUGUGGCACAGCAGCCUGGGUUGGACGCCGUUUUAGAGGCGCCUGUGGGGUUGCAGGUGACUCCACGGCCGCAGGUGUCCUACUCCGUGGAGGAGAGGUUUGGAGGAGGGACUGGGGAGAAUGUGUUCCGCUUGCCUCCGCUGAGCUCGUAUGUCGAUGUGUUCGGGGAGUGGGCGCCUGGGAAGGGGCCUAUAUGUGCAUUCUGCGGAGUGGAGUGCAAGGAUGGGAAGGUGGAAACUUUGGAGGAUGGUUUUAAAGUAUGUUCAACGUGUUGCAAAACCAAUAGUGAUAAUGAGGAAGCGAAUAAAUGCGCUGGUGAUAAGAAAGAGAGCGCUGACAACCAUGCUUCUAGUGCAUGGACAGAUGCAGAGACACUACUCCUUUUAGAAGGUGUCCUAAAACAUGGAGAUGACUGGGAUCUCAUUACCCAGCAUGUCCGCACAAAGAAUAAAUUAGAAUGCAUUGCAAGGCUUAUUCAGUUGCCUUUUGGUGAACAUAUGUUGGGUGCCAUAAAUGGUAAAUCUGAUAGUAGGUUCCAGACGAGCCAAACUACUGAUGGCAAAACGAACCACUAUAUUGUGAAGGACACUUCAAGCCAGUCAAACGAAAUGGUUGACGGCAUGCAGAUUGAUGGAGAGCAAGAUGGUGCUGAUAAACUUGUUGAAGAACAACCUUCAAAGCGCCAACGUUUAUCUUCCUCAAUAGAUGUGACCGGUUCAUUAAUGGAGCAGUUAGCACUGCUGACUACUGCGACGAGCCUGGAUGUUGUUGCUGCAGCCGCUGCUGCGUCAAUUAAAGCAUUAGGUAGUGAAAACCCUCAAGCAAAGAAUGCUUUUCAUCUUAGCGAGAAAGAAUACCAAGGCAAAACAUUCUCUUCUAACCAUAUCCAUGAGAGUGAAUGCAAUGUUGGCGAUCAGGAAGGGGAAAUGCAUGGACAGACUGUUCCUGAUAAGAAGCUGCAAAAGAAGUAUAUUUCUACUGCAUAUCAAGUGAGGGCAGCUGUUGGAACAGCUGUUGGGGUAGCUGCCGCCCGCGCUAAGAUGCUUGUGGAUCAGGAAGAGCGGGAGAUUGAGCUUCUGUUGGCAUCCAUAAUUGAGACUCAGCUAAGAAAGAUCCAGUACAAGAUCAAACACUUUGAGGAGCUAGAGUUGAUCAUGGAUCAGGAGUACAACACGAUACAACAGAUAAAGGAAUCCCUCAUCAAUGAAUGGCUAAAGGUCCUCGAGCAAGCAUUUCAGGCUGGAGUACCGAUUCAGAGGGAUGAAGUGCUUACAAAGCUGUUCCUGAACAAAGCGACGGGGCACGAGCUGCCGGAGCGGGAGAAGGACUCGUACGCGCGGUCCCGCGCCUGCCGCAUCGCGCUCAUCGACCACGGCGUCGCGCACAAGAAGCCGCCGCUCAGCGCCUUCAAGCCCCACCCCGAGCACAAGUCGAAGCUCAUAUGCAACAUUACUGGGGACACCAUAAACAAGUCGGAGGAGCACAUCUGGAAGCAUGUAAAUGGGAAGAGAUUUCUGAAUAAACUAGAAAAACUGGAAGAAAAGAUGACAUCAAGUGAGACAACCAAAGGAGAAGUUGAACAAUCAAAAGAAGUCGCAAAGAAAUCCAAGUCGAGCAAGAAGAAGGACAAGAAGAAAGCUGCAGUUGUUGACACUUCUUUGCCACGAGAACCUCAACCUGAGAUUGAUGAUUCAGAUGACUCGGAGUUUUGGGUGCCUCCUGUAGGAAGUCGUUGGGACGAUGAUGAUGGGAAAGACCGAUGGGAGUCCCCUCCAGGGAAGGAUGAUGUGGCAGAGGAUGAAGGUGCAUCUGAUGAAGACGGCGACGAUGAUAUGGCUGACGAGGACGAUGAUGUGUCAAACGAACUUGCUUCAAGCAGUACAAAGCGAUUGUCAGUAGAAGCAGUUGGGCCAAGUAGCUUCGCUUCAAGGAAGAAAAAACCCCGAAAGGAUGAGUGAAAAAGUUAGUUUGUGAUUUAUUCAGUUAGUUAUGCAAGAACUUCGGUUUCACCUUCUUCCCUGGGGGGUUUUGGGGUUGGCUAUUACAAUGGUCCGAUUUUGUAUUAGUUUUGCCUGCAUUUUGUUAAUGGAUGCUUAUUCUACGGGCCAUCAUGAGCAAUGAGAGCCAUUCUGGAUCCUUGGUUCCUGUUGUGUUAUACUGUAA